CUUGAGUUCAUGCCUUAUUCAAGUUGUGAAAGUGAUCUGGGCUUCGAAACAUGCCUCUUUCUGGCGUGCAGUUUCCGAAUCCUCAUGUGGCUCUGUGGCUUGCCCGUGGCCAAGUGCAUCGCGUUGCGUUGUCGCGCUGUCAACGCUGAUUGGUGUGGUGGUCCCGUCCCAUCCCGGCUCGUCCAGUUUUUGGUGAACGGAAGCUAGCGAAGCUUCCCAACGAGUUGAACCCCGUCAAAAAAAACUGGUCCCCAACCUGCAUCACCACCAUCAUCGCCCUCCGAUUCCCGGCUUCCGCCUUUUCUUCUUCAUCCUCCACAUCCUCUCUAUCCUUUUCUUCCCAAUUGGCUACACGCCGUUGCGAGGGCACAUUCGGGGCACAAUCCGGCAUAUCCGUGCCUGUGUCUGAGAACCUUUCUCGCUUCUUUUUUCCCUGCGCCCAACGCUUUUCCACACACCCAAAAUGCUCGUCCCCGCGAUUCGGAGGCAAGCCCUCCAGCACGCCAGGCUUGCGCGCGUUGCUAUCCCUAGCUUAACAAGAUGGUACGCUUCAUUCCCGCCGCACACCGUCGUCAAGAUGCCGGCCCUGUCGCCGACAAUGACGGCGGGUAAUAUUGGUGCGUGGCAGAAGAAGGCGGGCGACAGCAUCGCGCCCGGCGAGGUCCUCGUAGAGAUCGAAACCGACAAAGCCCAGAUGGAUUUUGAGUUCCAAGAAGAGGGUGUCCUCGCCAAGGUGUUGAAAGAGAGUGGUGAGAAGGAUGUCGCUGUCGGCAAUCCAAUUGCCGUCAUGGUCGAGGAAGGAACCGAUGUCAGUGCCUUCGAGAGCUUCACACUCAAGGAUGCUGGUGGUGAGGCUGCUCCGGCGCCUGCCAAGAAGGAAGAGCCCAAGUCCGAAUCCACUCCGGCCCCGGCGCCGACCCCUGCCCCCGAACCCGAGGAGACCGGAUUCGGCGGCAAGCUCGAGACUGCCCUCGACCGGGAGCCCAACAUUUCCGCUGCGGCCAAGAGGCUGGCGAUCGAGAAGGGCGUGUCCCUGAAGGGGCUGAAGGGAACUGGCGCAGGUGGCAGGAUCACCGAGGAGGAUGUUAAGAAGGCAUCGUCCACCCCCGCUGCCGGUGCCGGUGCCGUCGCUGGCGCCCUGUACCAAGACAUCCCGAUCAGCGGUAUGCGCAAGACCAUCGCCUCGCGCCUCAAGGAGUCGGUCUCGGAGAACCCGCACUACUUCGUCACCUCAGCUCUCUCGGUCUCGAAGCUCAUGAAGCUGCGCCAGGCGCUGAACAGCACGUCGGAGGGCAAGUACAAGCUCUCGGUCAACGACUUCCUGAUCAAGGCCAUGGCGGUGGCUUGCAAGAAGGUCCCGGCCGUCAACAGCUCGUGGCGCGACGGCGUGAUUCGCCAGUUCAACACGGUCGACGUAUCGGUUGCCGUGUCGACCCCUAGCGGCCUCAUCACCCCCAUCGUCAAGGGUGUCGAGGGCAAGGGCCUGGAGGGCAUCUCAUCUGCCGUCAAGGAGCUUGCCAAGAAGGCUCGGGACAACAAGCUCAAGCCCGAGGAGUACCAGGGCGGUACCAUCAGCAUCUCCAACAUGGGCAUGAACCCGGCUGUUGAGCGCUUCACCGCCGUCAUCAACCCCCCGCAGGCGGCUAUCCUGGCCAUCGGCAGCACCAAGAAGGUUGCCGUCCCUGUCGAGAACGAGGAUGGCACUACCAGCGUUGAGUGGGAGGACCAGAUCAUCGUCACUGCCAGCUUCGACCACAAGGUCGUUGACGGUGCGGUCGGUGCUGAGUGGAUCCGCGAGCUCAAGAAGGCCAUUGAGAACCCCCUCGAACUCCUUCUUUAAAGUGUCAUCUCGGCAAGAGAGUGUGUGACUAGGCCACGAGUGCAGCGCGGUGGCGGAUGAUAUCAAGUAGCCUGGAAUUGACCCCGUGGGACGUUAUAGAGCGAUACAGGAACCCGGUGCGGAUAGUCAGGGGGCUACUGGGGAAUCUUGACGCCGGGCUGGUAUAGGUGCGCCAUGUGUUGGUCGCGUUUUAGCCACGAUAGGCCAUCAAAGGUUGCAAACAAGACGGCCGAGAUGAGAUGGUGUAGUCACCCGGCGCGCUUCUACAUCUCCGCGUUGGGCAUACAGGGUCCAGUUGUCUCGGUAUUUGUACAUUGACCUCAGAUUAAUCGCGUUCAGGGUUGUUUAAUUGAGCAUGGAGUUUCAGGCCACUCUGAUGGUUCCCCCAUCAUCC